ACUGCCCUCACUGCAAAAAUCUCCGCCCUCUGCUAUGAGAGCCGACCCCUACGAAGAUCGACCCCCGCAUGCAUUGUCAUUGUCAGGCCGUGGGUUGCGGAAGUCUGCGUGGUCCCUGAUAAGUAUGGUGUUUUCUCACUGCACACAUCGGCCUAUCUACAUCAAACUUUUCCCACUGUCCCACCUGGCAAUAGACUUCCUGCAUACUGACGAUUGGUGAGCCGGGAAGCAAUCUUCCUGUCACUUUCCUAUACAUAUAUAGUUACACAGGUCCUUUCUUUUCGGUCUGACACCUUGCUGCGGCAUUAUCCUGUCGAUAUAUCUAAGCCCAUUGAACUGCGGCCCCUUCAUACAUACCUUCCACAAAAAUUACCUCUGGCAGACUCUAAAGAGAGCCAAACCAGGCCAGCCCACCAUGCCCGAGCAUUUAGACCACUCCUCCAUAUCGGGAGCCUUGUUAAAAACUGAUAUCGCCUGGACAGGCCCGAUGCCAUUCCUCGUGGAAAGCCCCCUCUCCUCCGACUUCCUGACGAUGCCAUUAUUCGACGGGAUGCAAGAAUGGUCAACGAGCGGCAGCACCCCGGGGGUACCGGCCCCAUCCGCAGAGGGACUGGAUAACUUCCAGCAGCAACAACAACAUCAACACCAACAAACCUUCAUGGACGCCCUCAUUGAGUCUAACCUCUUCUCACCGGAUCAACCAAUUCCUCCGUACAUGCGCCAGUACCCUCACCAACACCUCGCAUUAAGAGACGCUCUCCUUGACGGUAGCACUACGCCUCCCCACCACCCCUUCGCCGCAAGCCCCCCUUCCUGCCCCGUGCCCAUGCGCGAGCUCACCCCGCGCGGCAGCAUCAGCAGCAUCAGCAGCGGCAGCUCCGCUGGCAGCGCGGGAAGCUACUGCCACGCGACCUGGCGACCGAGCGACUUGUUGGCCCAGCAUCCGUGCAGCUAUUCUCCCGACCGCGAAACAGUCAAAAAGCAGAAGCGCGAGCGGUUCCUGGAGCGCAACCGGAUCGCGGCCAACAAGUGCCGGCGUAAGAAGAAGGAGCACAUGCGCCAACUCGAAUGCAAAUGCUUGGAUGUGACGCAGGCCAACACGCGGCUGGAGAGCGAGGUCAGCCAGCUGCGCAGCCAGAUUCUGGAGCUGAAGAACGAGCUCCUGCAGCAUUCUAGGUGCGAUGACCCGGGCAUUAAGGCGCAUUUGGCACGGAUGGUGGCUAGUUUGUCGAAACGCAGUGCGUCUGUGGUGUCUACGAGGGGUAGCGAGGCGGAUAUGAAGCUUUCGGACGGGGUAUCGGGGCGGGGGGAGUCGGUUGCGUCGAUGCGGAAGGCAAACAGUGAGAAAGUGGAGGAGGCUGCGUCUGGGUUUAAGGAUAUGGUUGUGCUACCUGCUGCUGCUACGAGUGGCUCGAAGUUGGAAGAGGAGA